CCGGCGGCCUCGGCCAAUGGCAAGCCACUUCCGGCGACGUCAGCGCCGACACGUGGAUCCAAGAUGGCGGCCCCGGGGGCUCUGAGGCUUACGUGCCCAUUCUUCCUCUUGUGGCAUGGGGUGAGUUGCUUCUACGUGCCAGGAGUGGCUCCCAUCAAUUUUCACCGGAAUGCUCCUGUAGAAAUCAAGGCUGUGAAACUCACCAGUUCGCGGACGCAGUUACCUUACGAGUAUUACUCCUUGCCCUUCUGCCGGCCGGACACCAUCAAAUAUAAAGCUGAAAAUUUAGGUGAGGUCCUGAGAGGGGACCGCAUUGUCAACACGCCUUUCCAAGUUUCCAUGAACGUAGAAAAGAAGUGCGAGGUGUUGUGCGAUGCCCCGAACAAGCCCGUUGUGUUGACGAAGGAGAAAAGCCAACUGGUGGUGGAACGGAUCCAGGAGGAAUACUACGUUCACCUCAUUGCCGACAACUUGCCGGUGGCCACGAGGCUGGAAUUCUACUCCAACCGUGAAGAGGAGGAGAAGAACAAGGAGCGGGACCUUCAGUUCGAACAUGGCUACCGACUUGGAUUCAUGGAGAAGAACAGGUUCUUCCUGCACAACCACCUUUCCUUCAUCCUGUACUACCACCGAGAGGAGGUGGAGGAGAACCAGGAACCCACCUACCGGGUCGUUCGCUUCGAGGUCAUCCCGCAGAGCAUUGCACUGGCAGAUAUGAAGGCGGACGAGAAGGGCGUUUGUGUCCUGCCCGAAGCUGCCAGCGCCUCCGCUCAAGAAAUUGACCCCAAUAAGCCCAAUGAGCUUUUUUUCACCUAUUCUGUGCACUGGGAGGAGAGUGACAUCAAGUGGGCCUCCCGUUGGGACACUUACCUCACCAUGAGUGACGUGCAGAUACAUUGGUUUUCCAUUGUGAACUCCGUGGUGGUGGUUUUCUUCCUUUCAGGCAUUCUCAGCAUGAUCAUCAUCCGGACUCUCCGCAAAGACAUUGCCAACUACAACAAGGAAGACGACAUUGAGGACACCAUGGAGGAGUCGGGGUGGAAGCUGGUGCACGGGGAUGUCUUCCGGCCGCCGCAGUAUCCCAUGAUCCUCAGCUCCCUGCUGGGCUCCGGCAUCCAGCUCUUUUGCAUGAUCCUGAUCGUUAUUUUUGUGGCCAUGCUGGGGAUGCUGUCUCCUUCCAGCCGAGGGGCUCUGAUGACCACCGCCUGCUUCCUCUUCAUGUUCAUGGGGGUCUUCGGGGGCUUCUCGGCCGGCCGCUUGUACCGCACACUCAAAGGCCAUCGGUGGAAAAAAGGCGCUUUCUGUACGGCCAUGCUGUAUCCCGGGGUCGUCUUUGGGAUAUGCUUCGUCCUGAAUUGUUUCAUCUGGGGCAAACACUCCUCGGGGGCGGUCCCGUUUCCCACCAUGCUGGCGCUGCUCUGCAUGUGGUUCGGCAUUUCCCUGCCCUUGGUGUACCUGGGCUACUACUUCGGCUUUCGCAAGCAGCCCUACGACAAUCCCGUCCGGACCAAUCAGAUCCCAAGGCAGAUCCCGGAACAGAGGUGGUACAUGAACCGGUUCGUUGGGAUCCUCAUGGCUGGAAUCUUGCCUUUCGGAGCCAUGUUUAUUGAACUUUUCUUCAUUUUCAGCGCCAUCUGGGAGAAUCAAUUCUACUACCUCUUUGGCUUCUUAUUCCUGGUGUUUAUCAUCCUGGUGGUCUCCUGUUCCCAGAUCAGCAUCGUCAUGGUGUACUUCCAGCUCUGUGCCGAGGAUUAUCGGUGGUGGUGGAGAACCUUCCUGGUGUCCGGAGGAUCUGCCUUCUACGUGCUCAUCUACGCGAUCUUCUACUUCGUGAAUAAGCUGGACAUCGUGGAAUUCAUCCCCUCCUUGCUGUAUUUCGGCUACACCGCCCUCAUGGUGCUUUCUUUCUGGCUCCUGACGGGGACUAUUGGCUUCUAUGCAGCCUACAUGUUUGUCCGCAAAAUUUACGCCGCGGUGAAAAUAGACUGAAGGCGCCGGCACACCCAAUGGCACAGAUUCACCGCCAUGCUUUGGUUUCCUCCUAGGAAGGAAUCUGGGAAACUUUUUCCUGUUUCUCCCAAGGGGGAAAAAAAAAAAAGAUCCUUCGGGAGCAGGACGCAGGAACUUAAAACGAAAACAAAAGUUGAACUCUUGGAAUGUAAUUUUUGGCACAAUAUCCAUGGAAUCGGGGAAUCUCCUGGAGGGAAGGGUGUAUAGAUUUCUUUACUUUUUAAUUCUACGCUAUUCUGGAUCUAGGGGAUUUUUUUAAAAAACAAAAAACACGCCAGUCCAUCUCUCACAAUGAAUAUUCCUCUGUCUACUUUUCGACCGUCGCUCACGAUUGCAGCGGUCGUUCUGGAAUUCAGGAGGAGAGAUUCUCCCACCGCCUUUCGCUAGGCCCGUGCUGAAGAUGGCGGGCGCUGCGGUGCCAGGAGGAUGCCGAAAACUGGUUUGCUGGCGUUUUCUCGGGUUAAACCAGCAACUCUCUAUCCGGAGCUGCAGACGUGCUAUUUCCGAGCGAGAUAAGUGCAAUUUUUUUCAGAAGGGACAUUCAAACUCUAUAAAACUUCUCAUCUGCCCGUCUCGGGACUCUUUUCGUGCCGAAAAAGUUGUGCCGAAACGGUGACGGCAUUCUCCAGUUUUAACAGGAAGAACGAUAAGGGAUGUGGGACUGGUGGCUCUUGAACACGUCAGCACAUCUGAGGAUGCAGCUCUGGAGAGAUUUUUGGGGGAUCCUUCCUCCCCAAAAGGUCUGGAUGAUAAGAUGGGAGACCCUGAGCCAAAAAAACAACCACCAGACGAGUGACAUUGCCAUGUUCAUGUGCCAAGGAGUCCAUGGCUCAAGAGAAAACUCUGGCAAUCGGGGGGGGGGAACAAGGGAAGGACUUGGGCCAGCCCUGCAUUUCCGAAAGGAAUCGCUGCCCUCGGUUCUCCAGGUAUUCAUAAAACCAUGCUCCCCUCCCCUGCACCCUCCUCUCCAGCCAGCCCGGGCAAAGAGCCACGUCCUUUCCCCCGUUCAGCCUCUGUCCCUCGUCUCUUUUUAUCGGUCUCUGUGCAAACGCCGUUUUGGGAGCGCGACUUGGGAAUGAAUUCACCCGCCCACCGAUCUUUAUCCUGACGCUGAAAAAAAAAAUUCAAUAUGGGAAACUCGAAAUUUUGCUUGUGCUGGAGUUUUGCAAAAAGAAAAAAAAUCACCCCAAAUCGCUGGAAUUGCUGGGAAAAAAAACCACUAAAGACAUUCUUUGGACAUUUUCUGUGUGAACAAGAAUGUGGGUUUUUCUUUUCUUUUUUUUUAAAUUUUAACACUGCUGGGGGAAAAAGAAAAUAAAAGCAAGUUGCGGUAAGAUUUGCCCCCACCCCCCACUGAGACCUAGAGCACUUCACACAGUAUUUUCAUCUGAGGAUUUUUUUUUAGAAAAAAAAAAAACUCAAAUUUUUUUGGGGGGCCUGGAUCCUACAUGUGUUACGUGGAAGGAAAGGCUUCCAUUUCCUGUGAGCAUAUCUUAAAAAGAAGUUUAAAAAAUGUAAUUUCUCACAGUGACCACCUCGUUCACAUCCCUUCCCUUCCUCUGCCCCCCUCCCCAGCUUUUGCCCUGCCUAGAUGGAUGCAAGGUCUCCCAAAGGCUCAAGCAAGGAAAUCUGGACAGGCUUUCUUGGCCUUGUCCAUCCCAUCGCUGACCACCCCGAGGUCACAUCAGCCAGAACCUAGGUUGGGCCAAGGGAUUCCUUGUAUAUGUGUGUGGGGGGGGGUGAACUUCAGUUUGACUUGAGUGGGUCGUUUUCCCCCUGCCCCACUGGACCUGCUCCAGCCACGCUGUAUUUUUAACUGUACUGUUUUUGAGCCCAAAUGUAAAUAAAUAAACCCACCGUUGUCCGAGG